GCUGUACGAAAUGCCUAUAUAUAAGCCAUAGCAAACAUACUCAAAUGAUUCACACGAAAGCUUUAAAUUGACACGAAAGUCAAACGUCUUAAAAAAAUUUAAAAUCGAAAUUGGAAGAUUGAAACCAACGGCUAAAGGAUUGUCAGCUUUCAAAAGAUGGACGAUGAACUCAUCAGAGCGCUGCAGGUGAUUGAAGACUGUGAACUUGCUCAAGCGCUCGCCAAUUGGCAAAGGGAAGUAAAGUUUGGAGGAUAUCGCCGUCCGAAAACGAGCGACAGAUUUGGGGAUUUCAAAAUUAAGUGGCAAGUGAAAGAUGAUUAUAUAUUCGCACAAGAGAUUGCAGAGUCACAAAGAGGAGAAAUACAGAAACGAUCCCCAUGCCAAGCAGUAAAUUGGUCAAGGCACGAAUUACCACCCGUGCAGCGCCCGUACUCUAGAGUGGCCAGUAGAUCAAACUUUCUGGACUCGGAUUAUUGGUUAAGAUAUGCACAGACGCCAUACUACCUCAGACCAGACCGACCGUUUAAACAGCAAGACCAUGUACAGUUACCGGAAGAACAAACGAUGAUUCCGCAAGAGAUUCAUGACUAUAGGAGUCCAGCCAUAACUCACGAACUUGUGAAUCAAUAUAUUAACCAUUGCAAUAUGAGAUGCGACCGCUGUCGACGCGUCAUGCAGAAGGCUCGUGUCAUGGCUACAGAGGUGGAGGAAAAAUAUCGCAAGAGUUUUGAAAUGAGGUGCUACGCUGAGCAUUUUUGCCUGGUGUUUUGGUCCGGUGAUAGAAAAAACACAUGCGUUAUUCAAAUGGAUGGAGAUGAAGUACUAGUGAAAGUAACUAACGAAAGUUGGUCCAAGUGGCUUAAAAGGGUCGCUGAAAAAUGCUGGAGUGGAUUUAAGUUUCUGGUAGAGAAAGGCUGUGAAAUACUGAAAGGACUCGGGCCGUUAGCCCCUUUGGUGUGUCUUGCUCUUCCUUUGUGACAAUGACUCCGAGGAAAUAUAUUUUAGAACAGCGAGUGUGCUGCUGUGUAUAUAAAAUGAUAUCGAAAAGCAUGGUGUAGAGAAAUUUAAAGAUUUAGCUAAAGGAGAAUAUAUUUAUUGUUUCUCCGAUAAUUGUUAGUUGAUUUCCCACAGAUUGGAAAAGAGGACUCGAACUGGGUGUGUGUCUGCAUGCCACCUACAAAAUACAUUUUCUCCCAAUUUAUUGUGUCUUUAGUCGCGCAUCGAUUUACACCCUCGUUGCAAAGUGCUUUUCCUGCUUUGAUGUGCUUCCGAGCUAUUUUGAAAGAAACUGCAAACAAUCAAGCUAGCAUGGCUUUGAAAACACAAUAACCAGUGGAUAUCAGCAAACGCUUUUCUUCCACUUGAAGGUGCAGACAGUAAACAUCUUCAGCGACUAUUGUCAACACGCCUGGUAUCACGGCUAUAGAAAGCAUUUCCAAGAAAGCCGAAACAUUUCCAAGAAAAAAUUCCGAGAAAAAAAAGCGGAAAUGCUUACGGAUUAUAUAACGUCUCACGUCUCGAAUUGGGAAACAUUUUCCUUCAAGGGCGUGUAGGAAAUGCUGUUGUAUAUAUACAAAUAUGCAAUUAGAAGCUGUUUAAUUAAAUUUCUGGGAGAUAAAAUAUUUUGUGGUUAUAGGGCGAAGUAGAUAGAUCUCUUGGGAAAUAAUUUUUUAUAUAUGCCCUGCAUACAGAUUGUCUUGCACGCGACGUCAACACAAGACAUGUUGCUGCACAUUCAAAGGAUGACUAUCUAUCAAACAAUGACAUUUAUCGAUAUCCUCUUAAAAUUUGAGCCAUUCUGGCGCACUUUUGACGUACAUGAAACUUGGACA